UUUCACACAUUUGUUUUCAACAUUUUCACACCGUCGACCCCUGACUUCGAUCCGGACUGCCAAGUCAAAGUAACAGCAUUUACGAAGAAGAACUACCGUGAUGUGUACCCUGCCGUCGACCCUUCUCGACCCGAGCUAUCACAGACCGGAAAAGUGAUUAUCAUCACCGGAGCCAGCCGUGGACUGGGACGAUUGGCGUUUGCGGCUUCCUUCGCUAGAGCCAAUGCCGCUGCAUUGGUUCUCCUCGGUCGAUCAGCUGAAGGCCUCGAAGAAACCCAGAAGCUAGUUAACGAGAUCAAUCCCGCGACCAAGGUUCUCUCCAUUGCAGUAGAUGUCACGGACGAGGCGGGCGUGAACAAGGCUUUCCAGGAUGCAGUGGCUCAAUUCGGGGUGCCACAUGUCCUUGUCAACAACGCUGGGGCACUUGUUGUACUGGACACGAUAAUCAACACCGAUGUAGAAUCAUGGUGGAAGACGCAGGAAGUCAACGUCAAGGGAACUUUUAUCGCCACAAAAGCUUUCUUGAAACAUACCGGCGAUAGUCCGUCCGCGUCCACAACAAUCGUCAAUAUGAUUUCGAUGGCCGCUCAGGGGGUUCCACCGGGCAUGAGCUCCUACUCUCCCUCCAAGCUCGCUGUUUGCAAGUUCACCCAGUUCCUGGCCACCGAGCAUCCGACCAUCACGUCAGUUGGACUCGACCCGGGUGUGGCGGCUACGGAUAUGGGGCACAGCGUCCCGUAUCUUGCACCGUUUAUAGGAGACACUCCUGAUCUCUGCGGUGGUGUCGGUGUUUGGCUCGCUAGCGGUGAUAAGUCAUUCUUGUCGGGGAAAUACGUCUCCGUCUGCUGGGAUGCUGCGGAGCUGGAGACCCGAAAGGACGAGAUCAAGGGGGGCAAUCUACUGACCUUCCGUUUGAGCGGUGAAUUUGGGGGCCCCGACGUGACUGUGGAAGCCUUGCACAAAUGA